AGUUCUAUAUGAAGGGAAGGAACGCAUCAUUUCUGGCUGUGAGGUGAUUCAAGCUACCCCUUACGGACGUUGCGCUAAUGUUAACAACAGUUCAGCUUCUUCUCAACGGAUCUUUAUCACAUAUCGAAGGGCUCCUCUGAUACGACCUCAAAAUUCAUUGGCAGUGACAGAUAUCUGUGUUAUUGUAACCAGCAAAGGAGAAACGCCUCCACAUACAUUCUGCAAAGUUGAUAAGAAUUUAAAUUGUGGUAUGUGGGGUUCCAGUGUAUACCUUUGUUAUAAGAAGUCUGUGCCAGCUUCUAACUCUUUAGCAUAUAAAGCUGGCUUAAUUUUCAGAUAUCCUCAAGAGAACUAUGAGUCCUUCCCACUGACGGAAUCCGUACCUCUCUUCUGCCUUCCUAUGGGAGCUACUAUUGAGUGCUGGGACCCUCAAACCAAAUAUCCACUGCCAGUGUUCUCAACAUUUGUACUGACCUGCUCUUCUGCAGAAAAGGUUUAUGGUGCUGCUAUUCAGUUUUAUGAGCCUUAUCCUCGGGAGCUGUUAACAGAAAAACAACAAUUGCAGCUGGGUCUCCUGACAGCUGUAGAGAGGAAAGUAGUUACUUCCAAGUCCAUUAAUUCCAACAAAUGCAUCUGCCUUCUCUCACACUGGCCUUUCUUUGAUGCGUUUCGAAAAUUUCUGAUGUUCCUCUACAAACUCUCUGUCUCUGGACCUCAUCCUCUUCCCAUUGAAAAGCAUAUAUCCCAUUUUAUGCACAAUAUACCUUUCCCUUCACCACAAAGGCCAAGAAUUCUUGUGCAGCUUUCUGCCCAUGAUGCAUUAAUAUUGUCUCAGCCAGUUUCUACGCCAUUGCCAUUAAGUGGAGCAAACUUUAGCACUCUCCUCAUGAAUCUUGGACCGGAAAACUGUGCCACUCUGUUACUCUUUGUGUUACUAGAAGGCAAGAUCCUCCUCCAUUCUCUUAGACCAGCUGUGUUGACAGGAGUUGCUGAAGCUGUAGUAGCUAUGAUAUUUCCAUUUCAGUGGCAGUGUCCAUAUAUCCCUCUUUGUCCUUUGUCUCUGGCCACCGUACUCAGUGCACCUCUUCCAUUUAUUGUUGGAGUUGAUUCACGAUACUUUGAUCUGUAUGACCCACCACAGGAUAUUGUGUGCAUUGACUUAGACACAAACAUGGUGUACAUAUCAGAUGAUAAGAAGAGCACCAGCUGGAAACAGUUUCCUAAGAAGCCUUGUAAAAGUCUGCUUAGCACUUUAAAGAAACUGCACCCACAGCUGGCAGCAGUGCACAGAAAAACUCAGGAAGGCUCUGCAGUGGAGAUGACUCCUAUUGAGGCAGAUUUCUCCUGGCAGAAGAAGAUGAUGGAACUUGAGAUGGAGAUCCAGGAAGCAUUUCUCCGUUUCAUGGCAUCUAUUUUAAAGGGUUACAGAACAUUCCUCAAACCAAUCACGCAGGCGCCUUCAAAUAAAGCAACUGCUGCUGAUUCCUUGUUUGAUCAUCAAGGAUUUUUAAAAAGCAGAGACCGUGCCUAUACAAAGUUCUACACGCACCUUACCAAAACGCAGAUAUUCAGCCGCUUUAUUGAAGAGUGCAGUUUUGUGAGUGACAAGGAUACAGGCUUGGCAUUUUUUGAUGACUGCAUAGAAAAG